AUGUUGUCCAAACUUGCCUCCACCAUCCCCCUCUUUGCCAUGGCGACCACGAUCACGGCUGCCCCAGUCAAAGGCGACGAUGACUGGCACUUUGCAAGCGUCAACACUUUCCCCGGAACUUCAGGUACCACAACAACCGGCCGCGACUGCGACCUAUCGGUUCGGGAGAGUUUAUGUCACGAAUUAUGUCAUGUUUAUCAAGAGAAGGAGCGCCCUCAAUGCUAUGACGGCUGUUAUCGCCACAUUCAAGCGGAAUGUGAUUACCAGAAGAUGGGCCUUGGGUCUGGCGAGAACCCUGCAGGUCCAAGUACACCAAAGAGAGGGCCUAAUACUCCGCAACUUGGCCCUAGUUCUAGCUCUGGCAGUGGAUGA